AUGGGAGCUAUCGGAUCUUUCAUUCCUGUACCAUUUGACGAAGUCACCAUCUCUUCGCUUAGAGCAGGUCCCGGACAGGACUUAUCACCAGUGUCACCUUCUAUUGGGAUUCAUACCCAACAAGUAGUCAACAAAUGUACUGGACUGGUAUUACAGUCUGAUCCAUUUGACAAUCACGGGGAAGAUUUCUGUAUUCGAGAUCUGGAUGGUGAAGUGAGAGUAGUCUGCAGAUCUAGCUCUGCGUCAAACGGGAGAAAAGUCAUAACUGACCCUCAAGGAAAUACAAUGAUAUCAAUAAAAAGUAAAACAUCAAUCAGUAGAUCAUACAUAGGGGAAGGCAAGAAUGGGGAAGAAAUAUUCAGGAUGAAGAAGAAAUUUGCUCUCGGUUCAUCAAUGGAAGUUUCUUUUCAAGAUACAUUUUCAUCCAGGAGAAGGUUCAUACAACUUCGAGGUGAUUUUUGGGUAGGUUCAGCGGAUAUCUUACUUGUUAGUGGACCUUUGAUAGCUCAAUUUUCAAGGAGGCAAAUCCAAAGUAAAGGUUUAGAUCCAUCUAAAGAGACUUAUAUAGUCAAUGUUGCUCCUGGGGUCGAUCUUGCUUUGAUCACUGCUAUUUGUAUCUGUUUCGAAGAGAGCAAAGACAAGUGA